CUCUUUACCUGACAAAGAGAGAGCCUCUACUAGCUCUGCCUCUACCAAAGUACCUUGGCCUGGCCGUGUUAAUCGAUAAUCAUCAAUGGCAGAAGAGCUUAGGCCAUGUACUUUCUUCAAGAAACCUAGCAAGAGAGGAGCUAACAGGAAGAGAAAGAACCGCCCCUCCACUGAUGAAGAUGACAGUGACGAUGAGUCUGCUGUGGUUAGAGUAAAGGAGAAGAGAGGAAAGAGUGGAAUCUACCAAAAAACAAACACAGCCAGUCUCUCAAAGGCCAACGACAGUGCUAGUGAAGAGGAGGAGGGGGAGAGCAGUAAGGUGACAAUGGCGUACAAGUCUGACCGUAGUGCUGACAUGGCGGGGAGUAAGGACAUGGGGGCCACCAGGGAGUUGGAGACAGAGGGGGAAAACAACCAAGAAAAGGAACCCUCCCUUAGAGGAAUGAAAGGUCCAGUACGGGCCCCACUCUUCCUGAGGACCACAGUUCGUUGGGACUACCAGCCUGACAUCUGCAAGGACUACAAAGAAACAGGAUACUGUGGCUUUGGAGACAGUUGCAAGUUUCUUCAUGAUCGCGGUGACUACAAAAGUGGGUGGCAAUUGGACAAAGAGUUUGAGGAAAAUCGAUAUGGCAACGAAGAUAUGAGUAAAUAUGAGAUUGACAGUGGCGAUGAGGAGUUACCCUUUGCAUGCUACAUUUGUAGAGAGCAGUUCACCAAUCCAGUCAUUACAAAAUGUCAUCACUAUUUCUGUGAGGCUUGUGCUCUGAAACAGUUUCGGAAGUCCAUGAGAUGUGUUAUCUGUGGUCAACAAACUGGAGGAGUCUUUAACCCAGCCAAAGAAAUCAUUGCUAAACUGAAGAAGAAAGAGGUAGAGAAAAAAGAAACAGAAGAAGUUGACGAAGAAGACUAACUCCAUGCAGUCCAGACUGUAUACUAUAUAAAAUACAACUAUCUCCUCUUUCAUGCAUGCAUUGCUCAAUACACUGCUUUUACUAAUAAUAUUAUUGAUCAGAAAUGUUCAUAAAAAAUAUGAUUGUGAAA